CAACAACAGCAAUAUACGCUUGUUUAGCACCAUGCCGGACAAGCUACACCUACCCAUAGAUGAUGUCCAGAUCCCCUUCAGUAUCCUCGAUACUGACCUUUACAAGCUUACAAUGCAAAACGCCGUCCUCCACCACUUUAGUGACGCGCAUGUGGUCAUCAAGUUUACCAAUAGGAGUCCUCAAAUGCUCUUCUCGAAGGAAUGUUUUGACUGGGUACAACAGCGAGUGAAUGACCUUUCGAAGCUCAAGUUGACUUCAGAAGAACGUAAAGAGCUUUCUAAGGCUUGUCCUUAUUUCUCGGAAUCAUACCUAGAUUAUCUCUCCAAUAUGCAACUCGACCCUGUCAAGCAAGUAAAGCUCACUUUCAUUCCCCAGGGCUCCAACGAGAAAGGAGAAAAGAUGGGUGAGAUUGGAUGUGUCAUCGAAGGGCCUUGGAAGGAUACUAUGUUAUACGAAGUUCCCGUUAUGGCUAUCUUGAGUGAAGGAUACUUCAAGUUUGUGGACACCGACUGGGAUUACGACGGGCAGUUUGAACUGGCCAAGAAGAAGGCUUUAGAUCUCUUGAAUCCUCCUGCUCCCACGACGUCAUUAUCGUUCUCUGAAUUCGGCACUCGCCGUCGACGGAGUUUCAAGGCCCAGGAUAUCAUCAUGCGGGGCCUUAUUGCUGGCCAUGAAGAGUACAAAUCCAAAGGAGGGAGUCAGGGGAUUUUGAGCGGGACAAGUAAUGUCUAUUUGGCUUUGAAAUACGGCCUCAAUCCUGUCGGCACGAUUGCCCAUGAAUGGAUCAUGGCCGUCGGUGCGACUUAUGGAUACAGAGGGGCUAAUGGAAGAGCUAUGGAUAUGUGGGAAGAGGUCUACCCUCCCGGUACCAAGUUUUCCUCUCCACUCACCAUGCUCACGGACACCUACACUGCCGCGAUCUUCUUUAAAGACUUUAUCUCCGAUCCCGCUCGUGCUCUUCGCUGGGCCGUUCUCAGGCAAGAUUCUGGAGACGCCUUCAAGUUUGUCGAGGACGCAAAGGAGGCGUGGAGGACUAUCGAGGAUAAGGCUGGUAUCAAGCGAGACGUUGGGCCGAAUGGCGAGGAAGAAGUUGCAAAAGGAAAGAAGGUUAUUUUCAGUGACGGCUUAGAUGUGGAGAAGGCCAUCAAGUUGCAACAAGGGUGUGACAAGGCUGGCAUGGCGGCAUCAUUCGGUAUCGGUACGGACUUGACCAAUGAUUUUCGUAAGGCCUCAGAUCCCAGUCAAAAGUCCAAAGCUUUGAAUAUGGUCAUCAAACUCAACAAGAUCAAUGGAAAGGAUUGUAUCAAGUUGUCAGAUGACAAGGGGAAGCAUACUGGUUCUCUUGAAGAGGUUAGGAAAGCUCAACAGGAACUGGGCAUUAACAAGAACUAGAGAUAAUGACAACAUGAGAGAUAUUUUACAUUACGCGAAAUUAAUCAGUUGUAGAUUUGGCGUUGUGAUUCGGCUGUAGCUGUAAUACAUGAACAGCCAGUCCGAGAGGAAAAGCUUAUUGACCACCUUACAAACUCUGGUCAUAGGGGAUAAUGGGAAAAGGAGAUAGGUCAUAGACUGCUGUAUCCGUAAGACAAGCAUUAUACUAUGAGCUGCUCGCUUGCCGAAGUAAAUUUCUGGAGACGAACCGAUUCUUGCAGCCCUUUUGUCCACGGGAUGUGAAUCAACAAUACGUAACGCGUUACAGCCCUCCAUAGAACCAUAUUGCAUCUCAGUUCGCCACAUCGCCUUCCAGGUCUAUAAUAUAUGGCAAGAGCUAGUAUAAGUAACGCUUUCCUCACCUGGAGACUGACUGAUUCAAACAAGCUUACUUAUCAAUGAUCACUUACGCCCCAAAGACCUUUAAUAUCCAACGACUUUUAAGCUUAUGCCGACAUAACACAUCCUCCCAUGGUCUGUCUACUACUAUUGUUACUUGCGGCUUGACCAACAUGCCAGUGAAAACAAUGAAAAGAUUUGAGACAUCACCCCAAUGGACAGAGGCCAGGUUGCGUAUUAAGAUCGAACGGGCGAAGAUGGCGGAACUGAGGAGACAUGGGUUAGCUUGAGUGCUUUUUGCCUCCGAGAUUUGCCAUACGGAUUAUGCGAUCUUCUUGAUAUUUUAUUGUAGGAACUGAAUGAUAAAUCUGAUAAUGACAGUUAAGCCUGCAUAACAAAUCGGCAGAUACUCCUAGAGUAUAUUAAGGUCGAAGUAGGAGGCAGGUGAUCGGUAUGGGUAGGGCCGGUAGACGUAGUGAGAGUGGAGGUAUAAUACACGUCUAUACAUUGGAG